UUCCUGAAAUACGAAAUCCAAAGCAAAGAUGGAACACAAAAAGGUUUUCCUCGACACAGAAAAUCAUGUAUAUUCAUUGGAAGAUUUGAUAGGUCGUGGUGCUCAGGGUAACAUAUACAAAGGAAUACAUAAGUCCAGUGGGGAGGUUCAUGCCUUGAAGAUGUUUGAGAAAUAUAAUUUGCAGACACAAAGAGAAAUGGAUGCACUAAGUAAACUGCAGCAUCCAAAUAUUGUCAUGUUUUAUAAAUGUGAAAAAGAUUGUAAAAGAAAGGAUGUAAUUGUUAUGGAGUUAUGUGAGGGAGGAAGUUUACUGGAUUCAAUCAGGAAACCAGAAAAUAUUACAGGGCUAGAAGAAGAAGAAUUCCUCAGAGUGUUUUCUCAUUUAGUUUCUGGUAUGAAACAUCUUAGAAAGCAUGGAUUUUCACAUAGAGAUAUUAAACCUGGAAAUAUUCUUGUUUGCAUAGGGGAAGAUAGCAGAAAUAUCUACAAACUCUCUGACUUUGGUACUGCUAAACCUCUUAAUGACAAUGAUUUCUUUGUGUCAUUAGUUGGAACAGAUGAAUACCUUCAUCCAGAUAUAUAUAAAGCCGCCUUCAUUGAUAGAAGAAGAGGUGUUGGAUCAUUUACUAUAGCAGCUGAUUUAUGGAGUCUUGGAGCCACACUUUACCAUACAGUUACAGGCAAAGUUCCUUUCUCUCCAUACAUUGGACGGGAUGAUAAAGAUGUUAUGUUUGAGAUGAUUUCAGGAAAAGAAUCUGGUGUUAUAUCAGGGGAUCAGAUAUCUGCUGGUGGAAGUAUUCACUGGAGUAAAAAUCUCCCCAAAACAUGCAGGCUGUCAAAAUCUAUGAACACCUGUAUAAAAACCAUUCUGUUAAAUCUACUGGAAAAUGAUAAAACAAAAAUAUGGAGUUUUGAAGAAUUUUUUGAUGCUGCUGAUGAACUAUUAAGCAGGAAACCAGUUCAUUUGUUUUAUCCAAAUACCUGUACAAGAAACAUAUUAUAUGUAAAUCAAGAAACAAGUUUCAGGGAACUUAAGGAUAUGAUUUCAUCAGAGACGGAUAUUACCCAUGCUAACCAGUUUGUAUUAUAUUCAGACAAUCAUUUGAACAAUAUUUUAUCUGAAACAGACUGUGUUUUUCAAAAUUUUUCCACUGAUUACAAGAAUCCACUCAUUAUAUUAGAUGUAUCUAAUAAAGAGGAAAUAGCCAGCAUUAGUUAUGAACCUUGGGAACAUGUAGUGUUUGAUGAGGCUAUGCCAUGUUUUGAACUGACAGAACGAACAGUUUAUGAUAUAAAUAGAGAUUACCAAGUGGCCAAAAUUCAUUGUGCAAAAAUGUUUUUAAUGGAGAAGAUAAUAAAGAAACUGGAAUUGUUUAAAAAGUUGUUGCAGCAAACUGUUGGUAUCAGCAGAAAGCAUAAUGAACAGAAGUUGGACGUCUUCUCAAGAGAGUUAAGUUUCCUACGACAAAGACUUAGUGAUAUCAGCAGCUUAACAGAACAUUCCAAGAAAGAAAAAUUUACUGCUAUAACUAAGGAAGGGGAUGAAGCUGAAGAUGAUACAACAAUGACAAAAGCCAGAGUACAAAAAUGUGAGAAGGUAAUGUCAGAAGUAUCUGGAUUAUAUUCAGAAGAGAGAAAACUAUUUCCAGGACAGAAACCAUGUGCAAACUGUCUACAAAAUAACACAGAUAGUGAGAGAAAAGUAAGGAGACAUAUUGUACAAUCAGAAGAACUACUGAAGAAAUUUGCUGAGAGAAGAGGACAACGUAUGACUGUACAUAUAGAAUAUAUGCAUAAUUUUGACAGGAAAAACAUUCUGGAACAUUGCAAAGAAAUACAAAAAAUAAUGACAAUCAGUAAAACAGAAUUAGAGAAAGAACAUUCAGAUUUCAUUGUCUGGAACAGAUUUUUUAAACAAGGAAAGAAAAAGACCUCAGAAUUGGAUGUAUAUAUAAGUGAAGCUGGUUCUUCUAUUGAUGAUCUUGUACAGACAUUUAAGGAAUUAAGUACCCAAGAACCACCAUUACCUGCCAUAGGAGAAAAGACUCUUAAAAGAAAACAGUUUAUCACAGAUGUCAAUUUGAGAGUUGAAGACAUACAGAGGAAUGUAAUGGAAUCAAAGUUGAUAGCAGUUCAGUCAAGGGAACAGUUAGAUAGUUUGUCAUCCUUAAUGAGCGAUUUUCCAGACCUGGAGGAUGUUGACUAUAAUUCAUUGACCAACAAAUCUGAUACUUCAUUGACCAAUGGAAAAGAUACAUCCAUUGAAAGCGACAUGUCAGUUUUAGAGGACAUGGUUGAUUGCAAAAGAUGAAAAUACAAUGAAGCAGUUGCUUUAGCAACUACUUAGCACAUUACUUCUUUGAUAUGAAUGAAGAGAACACAGUCAUUAAAAGUAAUUGGUGAAAAGUUAUUCUAUGCAUAUUUCUGGUGUAUGUUUGAUUGGAAAAUUGGUAUUUUUUAUUGCAAACCCAAUGAAAGUUUUCCACAGUGCCAUCUCUAUCUUGACCAGGUAUUUAAACUUUUGUAAGUUCACCUGUCCUAUUGAAUAAAUACAAUAGCUAUUGUUCUCCAUGUAGUUUUUUCACUGGGACCUUUAAAUUUCUUCUAAGAGAAAUCUAUCACUCAUUGAUUAAUUUACCUGAGUAAAAAAAAAAUCUUGUAAAUAGAGGAAAAUAGAUAUAGGAAGAUGUGGUAUGAGUGCAAAUGAGACAACUCUCCAUCCAAGUUUUAUACUCAAAACUGCAUGUGAUGUUAUAUUUAUUCAAUAUUGAUAAUAUAUUUUCAAUCGGUUGAAUGUAAACAGUGAUGCAAAGUUGAAACAUUAAUAAAAUAUAAAAAGGAAGAUGUGGUAUGAUUGCCAAUGAGACAACUCUCCACAAGAGACCAAAUGACACAGAAAUUAACAACUAUAGGUCUCUGUACGGCCUUCAACAAUGAGCAAAGCCCAUACUGCACAGUCAGCUAUAAAAGGCCCGAAAUGACAAUGUUUUAAAACUUUUGUUUGAAAUCAACUUUUUAUGAUUGAAUCAAUGUUUAUAUUAAACUGAAUGAAAAUAUAUUAUUAAUAUUGAAUAAAUACAUCAUCACACGCAGUUAAUGAGUAUAAAAAAGUAUUUUUGUCUAUAUAUGAGAAAAUUUUUUUACCCAGGUAAAUUUAUCAAUGAGUGAUAGAUUUCUCUU